AAGGUGACUGCAGAAAACAAUAUGGCGUCCAAGGCAAUGGCUCGGAUGCUCGGUAAAUCAUCAUGGGGUGUUGUGCAGAGGAACUUUUCUGCCACUGCUUCAAGGGCAGCGACCCAGAUGACAGUACGAGAUGCCUUGAAUUCGGCCAUGGAUGAAGAGAUUGCCAGGGAUGAUAAGGUUUUCUUGUUGGGAGAAGAAGUGGCGCUGUAUGAUGGUGCCUACAAGGUGUCUAGAGGCCUUCAUGCCAAAUUUGGAGACAAACGAGUGAUAGACACGCCCAUCACCGAGAGUGGCUUUGCAGGCUUAGCAGUAGGAGCAGCCAUGGCAGGACUUAAACCAAUUUGUGAAUUCAUGACCUUCAACUUUUCCAUGCAAGCAAUAGACCAGGUUAUCAACUCAGCAGCCAAAACCUUCUACAUGUCUGCAGGAAUGGUACCGGUGCCUAUAACGUUCCGUGGCCCUAAUGGAGCAGCAGCGGGCGUAGCAGCACAACAUUCUCAGUGUUUCGCUUCGUGGUACAGUCACUGCCCAGGAUUGAAAGUUGUCUCCCCUUUCAGUCCGGAAGACUGCCGAGGAUUGCUCAAGUCAGCCAUUCGUGACCCAAACCCAGUGGUGGUUUUGGAGAAUGAGAUUAUGUAUGGGUCCACUUUUGAAAUCUCAGAUGAAGCUCUAUCACCCGAUUUUCUCAUACCUAUAGGAAAGAGUAAAAUAGAGAGGGAAGGAAAACAUGUAACCUUAGUGGCACACUCACGAUAUGUUGGACAUUGUUUAGAGGCAGCAAAUGAAUUGGCCGGGAUUGGAAUAGAGGCAGAGGUAAUUAACCUGAGAACUCUCAGGCCAAUGGAUGAUGCCCCGAUUAUUCAGUCAGUCAUCAAAACCAAUCACCUUGUGACUGUGGAAGGGGGCUGGCCACAGUGCGGGAUAGGGGCAGAGGUCUGCGCUCGAAUUAUAGAAAGUCCAGCGUUCAACUAUCUUGAUGCACCAGUGAUGAGAGUUACUGGUGCGGAUGUACCAACACCGUAUGCAAAGACAUUAGAAGAUAACUCGUUCCCUCAGGUUUUCAACAUUGUGAAUACAGUUAAAAGGUCUCUCAAUGUGUCUUGACAGAGUGGAGAUUUGUAGAUGCGUAAAUUGAUGUAAUGUGAUAAACAGUUUUGUUUUUUAUGGAUUCGUAUAUUAUUUGAUUCCCUUAGACAUCUUGUCUAGUACUGUUAAGUUUUUGAAAAUAAUACCGGUAUGUAUAUUUAUAAAUUAGCAAUGGCUAUAACCACAUUUUUAGGUAUCUCAAGCUAUAUUUCAAGUGUCAUAUUUCAAUUUUCACUGUAAAAUUUAAUACUCGUGUGAAAAGAGGUGCUUCAGAUCAUAAGUAUUUAAAGUAUAAAGUUUAUUUUGAGUGAUCAGUGAAAGAAAGAAAAAUUAGGGUUAGAGAAUUUUCAUGAAUCGUGAUGGAAUUAAAUUUCAUUGAUGGAUGUAACAUUGUAUAGCCAUUCAAGUGUUAAAACACAUAUCUUUUUUUUUGUUUACCAUUGUAGUAUAUUUACUAACUGAAAUUUUGAUAUACUGUGCAAUUGAAAUACUGUGGCUUCAUAUUACUUUUUGUGGGCAUCAAAUUUUUUCAUGAUCUGAAAAAAUGAAUUUGAAAUUAGGGGGAAAAAAUGUAAUGUUAGAACUGAAAAGUUGCGGCUUGUACUUACCAUGUUACAUGAGGUCAUGAAUAGCUACAAUGUGUCCUUUCCUCUGAGAUUCUGAAAUUCAACCUUUCCAUCAUUAAUCAAUAGAAACACAUGAUUUGGUCCUGCUUUACAUCAUAUACAAACAACAGAUUUUGGUGUUCAUUGAUUAUUGAGGAAAACACAGUAGCUGCUUUGGUAGGUAUUUUUAAGUAGUUUUUUUCCCUUGAACUUAUUUUCCAUGUAAAUUCAUGAAAUUUAAAACCUCCACAUGAAAAUAUUAAAGAUUGUUGUGAAUAAUUUUAAUACGUAUACAUUUGUAUAGGUGAAUGAAUUCAAAAUGUUCGCGAAAUUGUGGAAAUUAGUAUUCUAAAGUAUGUGAUUUUCAGUAAACUAGUGUUUGAUAUUGAUGUACAAAAAUAUGAGCAAAUUGUCCACCAGUAUGUUGACCAGUAAAAUUAUGUAAUGUUGAUGUGAAUCGAUAAUAUGUCAAUCAAAAGAAACUGCUGCCGUAGAAUAAAGGACUGUUUUAUAAAAUGAUGUAAUGAAGACUUGGAAUGGGUACAACAUGUCAAUUUCAUAUGCAUGUAUUGUUAAGGAAAAUAUGUUGCUGGAUUAUGUUGUUUUUAAGAAAGAGCUGCCAGUCAAUGUAUGUACGAGUUAUUUUGAUGUUGAAAAGAUCUGCUCGUUUUUGACACAGUACAACUGACAAUGCUGUUCUGGAAAAACUGAUGGUACAUGUAUACAUGACAAACAACGUUUAAAAUCAGCUUACUUUUCACAAUAACAUUUCAGUGGUUUAUGGGUAACUUUUCUGACAAUGCCCAAGUAUUAUUGAUAUUGAAUCUCCACAAAAGUUUUGUAUUUAUCAUGGUUUGAGGAGUUUGUGCUCUCUCUCUAUAUAUUUUAUGAUACAAGCUUAAAUGUAAGAUGUAGAAAAUUUGUAUUGAUAGUAUAUUUAAAAUUUAUUAGAAUUGGGUUUACAUGCCAAUAAACGGUGACAUUGCA